AUGCCGGGACGGUCGAUUCUUGCUCAACCACUGCCCAUCGUCGUGGGCGGUUUCGACGCGAGGACGACCCCCCCGCGUGCCCCGCUCCCCCUCCUCCUCCGACUAGCAGAGGACCAGCCCGCCCCCUUCGUGUGGCCACGCUGGCUGCCGCGUGCACGCCUGUGGUCGACGACUUCCCCCGCCGGUGGAGCUGGGCGGGUGGCGCAGGCGCCGUGCGCCCCCGGGGGCCCCUGCGCACGCCGCCGCGGCGCGGAGGCAGCGGCCGCAGCGCCCGCAGAGGCCCCAGGCGGUGCCUCGAGCGUCGGCGCCGCUGGAUGA